CAACCCCCAGGCGCAGAUGACGGGCAGCUACUACUACAACCCCCUGCUGACCAUGUGCAGCCAGAUCUACAGCGGCAGCACCUACCUCAACCAGUACCUGUACCACUACUGCACCGUGGACCCCCAGGAGGCUGUGGCCAUCGUCUGCGGGUUCCUCAUCGUCAUCCUCCUCUGCCUCAUCUGCUUCUUCGCUCACAAGACGCGGAGCAAGAUCUGGAGAUACGGGAAACCAAACAUCUACUGGGACAAGGUGCCGGUGGCCCAGGAGGGUCCCAACGUGGAGGAGUGGCCUUUGCCAUUCCCCGACACCACCGAGCUUUUCCCGGCGUGCAAAAACUGGGCGGGCUGGUCUCGAACUCGCUGA